UGUUAUUAUAUUGUCAACUGAUAUUGGCUUGGAUAUCAUUUUUGCAUUUACAAUUUUAUCCAAAGAAGUUUCAAACCGUUAUUUCAGGGAGUGGAUCAAUAAUAAUUUUAUAUUUGCUGCCAUAUUUACCUUAUUGGCAAGUGCUGAUAUUGAAAUUUUAUUAGUGUUAAGUUCUCACUUUGCGGGAUUAAACAUAUUUACUGCUGCAUAUUCUAAUGAGGCAAAAAACUAUAUUUUUUGGAGUAAAAAUAUAACUAUCAUAAUUAAUGAUAUACCAUGGUUGAUUGUUCAAGUAUUUUAUUAUCUAAAUAAAAUUACAUACAAGACUGUUCCUUUAAUAGCCCUUAUAACCAGCUUUAUUUCAAUCGAAACCACGGUCCUUUUAAAAGCAUAUAUGUUUAUAUACAAAUAUUAUUAUAAAAGCAGUAAUAAAAAACUUGAUAAAAACCUUGAUUUUGAAGAAAAUAUAGAACUAUAUUAUGCUAACAAAAAGAUAUUAACUAAUGAGAUAUCUUUAUACACAAGUGAAG